GCGCCCCGCGCCCCGCAGGACUGUGUUCCUGAGAGGGGGCGUAGCCAUGGCCAGCAGAGGGAAGGGUGGCCAGCACAGCAGUCCUCAUUAUACUAACCGUCUGAUUAACGAAAAGUCUCCCUACCUCCUUCAGCAUGCCCACAACCCCGUGGACUGGUACCCAUGGGGCCAGGAAGCCUUUGAUAAAGCCAAAAAAGAAAACAAACUGAUCUUUCUGUCAGUCGGCUAUUCCACCUGCCACUGGUGCCAUGUGAUGGAAGAGGAGUCCUUCAAGAACAAGGAGAUUGGCCGGAUUCUCAACGAGAACUUUGUCUGCAUAAAAGUGGAUCGCGAGGAGCGGCCUGACGUGGAUAAAGUCUACAUGACCUUUGUGCAGGCAACCAGUAGUGGAGGGGGCUGGCCGAUGAGCGUGUGGCUGACUCCUGACCUCAAACCCUUUGUAGGCGGGACGUAUUUUCCCCCUGAAGAUGGAAUUUACCGAGUCGGCUUUAAGACGGUGCUGCUGCGAAUUGUUGAUCAGUGGAAGCGAAACAAAGAGGCCCUUUUGGAGAACAGCCAGAGGAUCACAGAUGCACUGCUCACAAGGGCUGAGGUUGGCAUCAGGAGCGAGGGGUCGCCCCCACCUUCAUCUGAGGUGAUGACCCGAUGCUUCCAGCAGCUGUCUGAGUCGUACGACGAGGAGUAUGGUGGCUUUUCAGAGUUCCCCAAGUUCCCCACGCCAGUCAAUUUGAACUUCCUCUUCACAUACUGGGCCCUGCACCGGACCUCUCCUGAUGGUGUACGGGCCUUGCAGAUGGCUCUGCACACCCUCAAGAUGAUGGCCUAUGGUGGGAUUCAUGAUCACAUUGCCCAGGGAUUCCACCGCUACUCCACUGACCAGAGGUGGCACGUUCCUCACUUUGAGAAGAUGCUGUACGACCAGGGGCAGCUGGCAGCAACAUAUGCCAAGGCGUUUCAGAUUUCUGGCGAUGAAUUCUUUGCAGAUGUUGCCACCAACAUCCUGCUCUAUGUCUCCCGGGAUUUGAGUGACAGGGCCGGAGGGUUCUACAGUGCGGAGGAUGCGGAUUCCUAUCCCACAGCCAAGUCCAAAGAGAAGCAGGAGGGGGCUUUCUGCGUGUGGACAGCAGAGGAAAUCCGGGCCCUCCUUCCGGACGCUUUGGAGGGGGACUCAGACAGGAAGACGCUGGCAGACAUUUUCAUGCAUCACUAUGGUGUGAAGGAAGGCGGGAAUGUAAGCCCCACGAAGGACCCAUACAAUGAGCUUAAAGGCAAGAACGUCCUGAUUGUGCAGUAUUCCCUGGAGCUGACAGCAGCCAGGUUCGGUCUGGAGCUGGACCAUCUGAAGGCCAUGCUGGCAAAGAGCCGGGAGCGGCUGUCAGAGGUCCGGGCCCAGCGACCACGGCCUCAUCUGGACUCCAAGAUGCUGGCAUCCUGGAACGGGCUGAUGAUCUCGGGCUUUGCUCAGAGCGGGGCCAUCCUUGGCAAAGAGGAGUACAUUAGCCGGGCCACGCGUGCUGCUGACUUCCUGCGAAGCCACUUGUUUGAUGCCAGCAGCGGGCGCCUCCUUCGCAGCUGCUACCGGGGCAAAGACAACAUAGUAGAGCAGAGCACCGUGCCCAUCCAGGGCUUCCUGGAGGAUUAUGUCUUUGUGAUCCAGGCCCUCUUUGACCUGUACGAGGCCUCGCUGAACCCGAGCUGGCUGGAAUGGGCCUUGCAGCUCCAGCACAAGCAGGAUGAGCUCUUCUGGGACAACAAAGGCUUUGCCUAUUUCUCCAGUGAGGCUGGAGACUCCUCACUGCUCCUCCGCUUGAAGGACGACCAAGAUGGGGCAGAGCCCAACGCCAACUCCGUCGCCGUCACUAACCUGCUCAGGGCAGCCUGUUACUUCGGCCGUGUGGACUGGGUGGAAAAAGCUGGGCAGAUCCUGGCAGCCUUUUCAGAGAGGCUGCUGAAGAUCCCUGUGGCUCUGCCGGAGAUGGCUCGAGCCACUGCAGCCUUUCACCACACCCUGAAACAGGUCGUUAUCUGUGGGGACCCAGAAGGAGACGACACUAAAGAGCUGCUGCGCUGCAUCCGCUCCAUCUUCUCUCCAAACAAGGUGCUGAUGCUGGCGGACGGAGACAGCACUGGGUUCCUGUACUGCCAUUUGCCCUUCCUCUCCUCCUUGGAAAAGAAAGAUGGAAAAGCCACUGCAUAUCUCUGUGAAAACUUUGCCUGCUCUCUGCCUGUCACCUCCUCCCAGGAGCUGCGCAAGCUGCUGCUGCUGUAAGAUGUCACCCUCCCUCCCCCCUCAGUCUCCUCUGCACCAUGGCAAACGUGGAAGGAAAUAGGAAAGACUAUGGAAACGGCCAUGGUAUCUGUACCUGGACAGGACAGAGGAGCCUGCAAUAAAGUCCUCAUGUACACAA